UGUUAUUCUCAAAAGUUGGUAUUUUUUCGGUACAUAUUCAAAUGGAAACAACGGUCCCACUUCUGGCCACAUUGUCGCGUCCACGUAGAAACAAAAAAAAAAAAACAAAAAACAAACAAGCGGGCGACCAAUUGUCGACGUGCAGCUUAGAGAGAGAGCGCUCAGUUGAAAUAUUUAAAACGACGACAAGAUGCAAUAAAGGAAAGUGCCAAGCAAACGAUCAGCUGACUGGCAACAGUCGCACAGGGACAGGCAACAACACGGACACAAACAGCAACUUUUAAUUCAAUACCGACAACAACAACAACGUCACUCAAAAUGUUGGGUGGAAAACGCACAGGAUCGCGACAUGUUGUGGUCGUCAUAUUGAUGUGUCUCUUCUGGUACAUCAUCUCGUCGAGCAACAAUGUGAUUGGCAAAAUGGUGCUCAAUGAGUUCCCCUUUCCCAUGACCGUCACCCUCGUUCAGUUGUGCAGCAUCACGUUGUACAGUGGGCCAUUCUUUAAUUUGUGGCGCAUACGCAAAUAUCAGGAAAUACCCAGAGCCUACUAUAUGCGUUUAAUAGUGCCGCUGGCCAUUGGCAAACUGCUCGCCUCGGUGACAUCGCAUAUAUCACUGUGGAAAGUGCCCGUUUCCUAUGCGCACACAGUGAAGGCAACAAUGCCGCUUUUUACCGUGAUACUGACGCGCCUAUUCUUUGGCGAGAAACAACCGACACUGGUCUAUCUCAGUCUCCUGCCCAUCAUCACUGGCGUGGCAAUUGCCACUGUGACGGAAAUCUCAUUCGAUAUGCUGGGACUGAUCAGUGCGCUCAUCUCCACCAUGGGCUUUUCCAUGCAGAACAUCUUCUCCAAGAAGGUGCUCAAGGAUACGGGCAUUCAUCAUUUGCGAUUGCUGCAUCUGCUGGGCAAGCUGUCGCUAUUCAUUUUCCUGCCUCUCUGGCUGUACAUGGACAGCGUAGCUGUCUUCCGGCACACAGCCAUUAAAAAUCUUGACUAUCGUGUAAUUGCGCUGCUCUUCACGGACGGCGUGCUCAACUGGAUGCAGAACAUCAUAGCGUUCAGUGUGCUGUCCCUGGUGACACCGCUCACUUAUGCCGUGGCCAGCGCAUCAAAACGGAUCUUUGUCAUCGCCGUAUCGCUGCUCAUAUUGGGCAAUCCGGUGACCUGGGUCAAUUGCCUGGGCAUGACGCUGGCCAUCAUUGGUGUGCUCUGCUACAAUCGUGCCAAGCAAAUCACAAAGGGACGAGAGCUGCCCACCACAGUAACGACAUCGUCGUCAUCAUUGCCAAGCAAUCAUGUGAAGUACACGCCGUUGCAGCACAACAACGAUUCAUAUUAUCGCACAAGCACCAUGAAUGGUGGCCACAAAGGUGCAGGGACAACAACGCUGUCCAUGCCGCCAAUGACCACAAAUAGUUUACUGGCAAAUGGCAGCGGCAUGCCAAACGGGAGUGCCACGCGUUUGCUUUUUGUUUAGGUUCUCUAUCAAUUGCUUUUCUUUUUUUUUGUAUUUAGUGAAUUGUAUUACACCUCCGUCACCCGUUACCCUUCACCCAACUCCUUUACUCGCUUCCGUCUGCUUACGUUGCGUAUACGCAAUGUAUGACCAAAAGAUAACGCAGAACGACAGCAGCAGCAGCGUUCGCUGUUCUCCGUUAUCGCAGCAGCAAUCAUCACUCAGCAAAAACAACAAAUGAAACGAAACAUAAUGCUACUAUACUAUAUUGUAUUUGUCCCACCCUCUUCACCCCUCUGUCCCUGCUCUCUGUAUUAAUUGAUUGCUUGUCUGUACCUUUUGCAAUUGCAAUUUCGCCACUAAAUUAUAAUGUAAAUUAUUGUAUGAUAUUUGAGUAGCUCUGCGAAGCGGUUUGUAAAUAUUUCUAAGAUCGAAACCCCCCACAAAAUUAGCCUCAAUUGCCGCUAGAUUUUUGUUUGUAUAAUUGGCAAAUUUUUGAUUAAGCAUAGAAAGUGUAAAGAAAAAAAAAAACAAAACAACCGCAGCGUAAUAAAAAACAAAUUGUUGACCGUGUGUACAUAGGCAUAUUAUGUAUAGGCAAAAAACGAAA